AUGAACACAAACUCGUCAUCAUCCAUGGUGGUCUCAACAACAACGGGCCAACCCGUUCCGCCUGUGCUGAGCAAUGUUAACCACCAUACUUCUUCUUCGACAACAACAGCCUCUCCUUCUUCCAUGAUGUCCUCUCAUUCAUCAUCCUCUUCGUCCGUGUCUUCUUUUUCUUCAUCGGGUCAUUCCACAACAACUGCUAGCUCAGUCCAUCCAUUGUUUCUUCUCCAACAACAACAACAACAACAACAACGAAACAUGCUUUUACAACAACAAUACAUCCACAAUAACCUACAACAACCAUCCCUUCAAUCUCAGCAUCAUCAACAUCUGCAACGAAACAGUCCAACUGCUCUUAUUGGCCAUCACACUUCUCUAGAUUUAAGCCAUGUCAGUGGUGGUGUUCUCAAUAAUACGAGUCCUUCCCAAUUCACUCCUCGUAUAUCAUCCCUAUUGCAAGAAACGAAACAAACUUUGCACAUUUCAGAUCUUGAAUUUGGACCUAUUCUCUCCAUUCUCAAUCAGAACAUGGUCAAAACAACCAAUGCCUUACAAAAUUGUGAUCAUACCGAGUUGUAUAAUUUAGGCGUUCCUCUCAUGUUUGCCAAGGAUCUGAUGCGAAGAUUCCAACAAUUUCAGUUGAUGAGUCAUGGAGCAGCGAGUGCUCAUUCCCAUCCAUCUCAUCAUCCAACAACAACUUCAACUUCAGCACACACGUAUGGAGUAACUGCAGUUGCACAAAACACGAAUAAUAUGGAUCAUGGCAUCAUGAAUUCGAACACUCUUCCUCUACAAUUGACCACUACAAACAAUCCUCCGAAUUUAGUGGGAGAGUUGGAUCAGCAACAAUUGAAUCAAGUCUUGACCAUGAUGAAUAUGAUGGCCGCACAUCAUCAACAUUCAUUACAACAACAUCAUUCUCAACCACAAAAUCAACUGUUCCUAAACCCUGCUCAUCUCAACUCCAAUAACAUUUCACCCUCUCUGAGUACGAAUUCGAGUAACAGUAAUAAUAAUAAUAAUAACAACAAUAACACCAACCAUCAACACCAUCUCAAUACUCAUGCAUCCUCCUCCCAGCAACAACAACAACAAAAAGCUCCAAAUUCUCCACUUUCCAAUAAGAGUGGUAGCCUUAUUAACACCACCAUCACCACCUCAACGACUGGCAAUAACAUCAAUAAUAACCAUACGAUGGCCACCACCACAACAGCAACAACCAAUGCCAACAAUAAUAAUCACUCAUUCGUUCCGUCCUCAUCCUUCACUUUGGAAGAUCUCUAUCAUCAUCACAAUAACUCUAAUUAUGCUCAAAGCUUACAAAACGAUGAUGAUUUUCAAAGCCUUUUACAACAUUCCACAUCGAUGGGUUCUUCUGGAAGCAUGUUGAUUCCACAACCAUCCACCAGUAUACCGAAUCAUCAUCAGGGCUCCUCAGCCAACUCUGGUGUCAGCUUAAACUUCCUUUCGAAUAGUUCGUGUGCCAGCUCGUAUCAAGACUUGUUUGGAUCUUCGAGUGUCACUUCAAACAACAUGUUGUUAGACACUCAGGACGUACGAACAUCCUCCUCCUCAUCAUUGAAUCAUUCAAAUUCUCAUCAUUCUGUUGGUCAUACUCCAACCUCCUCUUCUGCUGGUCAUGCAUCGUCAUUGAAUUCUUCGGUGGCUAAUCAUCCUCUCGCCAUCAUGCUUUUGGGAAAUAUGAGAAACUCCUCUUCAUCGUCAGUCACUGGAAGUGCUCAGAAUAGUCUCUCCUCUUCGGGAAUGAUGAGCUUGGGAAGUGUUCAGAGCUCUUUGGGAGGUGAAAGUAUGCUCGGACAAGGAGGAGAAGUAGGAGUGACACAAGCAAGUCACCAUGCCAGCUCUUCGCCUCCUCUAUUGUUGAAUGGACCAACCACAACCAAUACCACUCUCUUGACCAUGCAGCAACAGCAACUUUCCAAUAAUUCUGGCAUUUCUCCACAGCAACAACAACAACAACAACAAUGGCCUCAUCGACCACUCAUGACCACUCAUCAUGGUGGCAAUCACAUGAUAUCUUCCUUUGAAUCACCCAACAGCAACAGUUCUUCGACGUCGUCUCCUCACAGCAACUCUUCACAUCAAGCGAACAACAACAUGGUUGGAAUGUAUGGCACCAGCAAUGCGCUCAGUGUCUCACCAGAAAUGGUUGUCGAUUUGGUCGGCAGUACCGACUCUCAUGUACUUCCUCAGAAUGGAGGUUCUCUGCUUGCUUCCAUGGGUAUCAUGGCCAGUUAUCCAUGUCGAGUUCACAGUACCGGUGAUGGACACAAGCAUUGGCCAAAGAUUGCCACUUGGUAUCAACAGGAUCUGAACUCGGGAGAGAUGAAAGAUUUAUUCACCAUUGUCAUUAGUAAGGAUAAUCCAAAGAAGGCCUCAUCUACCACAAGUAACACCAAUUCAUCGUCCUCCACUAAAAACACCACAUCCAACAAUGCUGCCUCUGCGGAAGGACAAGACACUCUUCUCGAUUUUAGAAACAAGUACAUUAGAAUUUCACUCUCAGAGUCGUCACGAGAGGGUCUUAUCAAGAUUGAUCGUUUGGAGAAUGAUGAUGUUUGGGGUUUCCUCACGACCGAUACUUCUUGUGGAGCUGACUUUGUCGAUGAGUUGAAACAAUUGGGAUUCUCAGAGAGUUGUGUCACUCUUCCAACAAGUGCACCUCCUCACAAGCAAGGAAUGGGCUUUGAGAGACUCUCUCAUGAACAAACUGGAUCUGUCGUGGUGAAACGUGACGAUCAACUUUUAUUGAUGAAAUUCCCUAAAUAUGGAACAGAGCAGGCAAAGGGUCCUCGAAAGAGAAAACUCCUUCUCGUGAAAUAUCGAUUCAAACACAAUGAAAUGAAUUAUACCUUCUUCUCUUUAUUCAAUUUGAGGAAGGAAAAUAGUAAUGCAGCUAUGAAUCGAGAAGACAUUUGGUUGAGCCAUUUAUUCUUGGAGAGCCCAUCUUCUUCAUCACCAAGCGGCUCAGGCUUGAGAAAUCAUUCACGAGGUUAUCCAUCCUCCACCACCGCUGGCUAUGACAGUCACAAGAGCUCUCCACAAACCACAGAGAGUAUAAGUCCUCCACGUAGCACUCACACUCUCAUGUCUGGCAAAACCAAACGAACUUGUGAUUGGGAUUUAACAGAGUCUGAUCAAUUACAGUUCCGAAAUAACACUCCAAAAUCUGGAAGAGGUGGAGUCGAUGUGUGCUGUUCCAUUGAUUUUGUUUCAUUUAAUGAAAGAGAUCAACAUUCACCCUCUCUUAAGAGAAAAUUCGUUGCAGAUCCUACCAUUGAAGGUGACAUGUUUCUUGUUGAGACCUCUAAGCCCUACGACUUUUUGGAGAAGGGAUUUUUCAAGAUUGUCCGUGUGACUCAACAUGUGGAUCAUGUCGAUUUGGUAGUGAGAAUGCCACGUCCAAUACGUGAAACAACUGCUCCUCAGACCGUGUAUUUCCAUGUCUUGUAUAAUAUGAAAGUCAUUCACUCCAAUCCAAUCUCUCGUCAUCAAGGUAAAUUUACCUAUGAUCCAAUCGAUAAGGAAGAAUUGGCCACUCAAUUCAAGGAAAAGAUUUUCGAAUAUUACAAAAUGUAUGGCUCUCAAUUUGAGGAAGAUGUGAAACGAUCGGCAGCAGAAAAAAUUGCCAACGAAAUUCAAAACUUGUCACUUUCGAAUAAUAAUGAUUUUGGUGAGUCAAACAACAUGCACAAGAAUUACUCCAAUUUGUAUGUACAAUUUACAGAAUUGUACUAUAGAGGAGUUCACGAAGAUUCAGACUUGAAUGAGGACGAAUUCAUUAAGGCAGUCAAUAACUUUGGCCACGAAACAAGAGAUAUCUAUGGAUUCUCAUUACUCACUCACUUUGCUAUCAGAGGGAUGAAGAAACAUUGCAAAAUAUUAUUGGACAAGUUUGGCAUGCCGUUUGACACGAAGGAUAACUUUGGUAUGGCUGUUUUCGAGUGGUGCAACUUGGCUAAGAACCCAAACAACAUUUUAGAGUUAGCUCUUCAAGAGAAGAAGGCAAAACCUGUUGUGAGACAUUCCAUUUUAACCACUUCUCGCUCACAAAACAUUAAUGUUAAACCACAACAAGGUAACUCUUCAGGUCACCAACAGCAAUCCAAUACUACUGCAUUGUCCACUUCACCUCAAGGAGGAACCUCUCCAAGAAAAUCUGGAUGGAUUUCUGACCUCUUUAGAAAGGUAUUUUAUUCUGCCUCUGCAGGUCAACAAAUCACGUUUGAUGAGGAAGUAACAGGAGAUCGUGACAACACUCCAAUCGAUGUGAACAGUACGGCCUAUGACGAAAGAUUACUCACAUUCGAUGAGAGACAAGCCACUCAUUUCUUCUUGGAUAAGUUGAGAAAAUUGGAUGAGAAAAUUUCAAACAAGACUGGAAAUUCCACACUCAAGAGUCAAAUGUGGAAAUCCUUAUACAUUGAUGAAAACAAGAACAUUGAAGCACAAAACGCUGUUUGUAAAGAUAGAUUCAUGUAUAGACACUUUGGUAAGGCUAUGGAUAAUAUCAGUGUGAAACACAAAGACGAAAAGAAACCUCCUCUCAUGACUGUUAAGGUCAUUAUCUCAGAUACAACAAGCGAUUUCAGAAAUUCCAUCUUUGAUCUCUUCAGAUCCAAUGACAAUGAUAAUUUGUUCGGAACUUUCCACACAGGUCUAUUGAUUGGACCAUGGAGAUUUGACUUUUAUGAUCAUUCCAUUGUGAGAGUAAGAGGAGAUUACAGAAACUUUAGAAACGAGUAUGCUGUCUCAGUCAUUGAUUUUGGAAGCUAUCACAAGAUUGAUCAAAUUAAGACAGCUCUCGACACAAUUGCAUCUGUUUGUAUUGAAUACAAUGGAUCAAAGACUUACGAUGCUGUUAAAUGUAAUUGCCAACACUUUGUGAUGAAUGUCUUGCGUCGUCUCAAUUUAUGGCAAGAGAAAUUACCACAAGCUCUCACACCCUACGAAAGAUACAUGGAAGAUUUAAGAAAAGGCAUUAGUGAAAGAAGAUUCUAUUUAUCAAAGGCAAUUCUCGCCAAGAAGAAGGAAUAUCCAGAUAGCAAAUAUUGGGAUCAAGAAUAUGUCACUUUCCACACAAGAAAAGAAUUGAAUGAAUUCUGUCAUUGGCUUGACAGCAUGAAAUACUUUGAAUCGGAUGAUGCUUCAGCUAGUAUUGACAUUCGACUUUUGAAAUCAUUCGACCGAUCGUUCUGUUUGAGAAACAUGAACCGAGAAGAUGAUAGAGGAGAGGAAGACAAGGAUACUGUAUGGUUCUUCUCUGAAGAUGGAACUUAUUUGGCCAACUCGAUGAAUAAGCUAGUGUUUAACUUGCCUGCCUUAACAUUCCAACCUCCAUGUCGAGUGUAA